AUGUUAGCUGAAAAAGGGCUUAUUAGAGAGCACUUUGUAGCGGCCAUUGAUGCGUUGAGAAAUCGUUUUCAACACGAGAAUACAGAGUAAGGAAAGGGCUUAAAAAAUAAAAGAAAUUGCGCCUGGAAACCUUCAAAUUGUUGCCUUUCUACGCGCGAAAAUAUGGUGAUUUUUGUCACAUUUUCACUUUGUCAUAAAGAGUUUUACAAAGCGUCGCAAUUUUACAAUGACUCAAAUUUUAAUUUGCCUCAAAACGGGCAAAAUCUCGCCCUUUUAAAAGUCCCCGCAUAGCCUCAACGGUGUUUUCAGAUCUCUCCCAUCGCUGGUCUGCGAAAGAGCUGUGUCGCUGAAGUAUAGUUAUGGCCAUUUCCCAAAAUUUGUCAUCGAUCUUGAUCCCCAAUUUCACUUCAAAAAGACGGACUCGGAAGAGGUUGUAAAACAAUUGGAAAUCCAGUUCAGCAUUAAGGAAGAGGUAAAGCAAAGUGCUGCAAUUUAACUGUGAAUAACUUAAUUUCAGCCCAACCAAACCUACUUCAAACUAAACGUAAGGCAAAUUGUCUAUGGAUAAAAUUAGUUUUAGUGCCUGAAUGGGGAGUUUGGAGCUGACUGGAACAAAAUCAAUGUGUUGAUCCACUCGACACAUUGGUUGCAGUACAUUGAUAAACGAUGGACGGAGCCGGAAAGGUUUAAGCAGGUAGUCCAAUCGAUUGAAAACACAAAUUUUUUAGAAGAUCAGCUUCUUUGAUACAGCGUAUUACACAACCGGGAACUUCCUUUAUCUUGACUUCAAGAUCACCAUAACUAAAUUGGUAUGUCUGUUUUUAUGUUUUCAUUUUUUACAUGGCUUUUUCCAGACGGUCAGCCUAAUUCAGCCUCGUCUAAAUUUCCAAGAACUCUUUCUGAACCGAAGAUUCAGCGACUUUACUUUAAUCUGCAAAGGGAAUGAUGAAAGAGUCCACGAGAUUCCAGUCCAUCGUAUCUUGCUCUACCAAGCUUCUCCAUACUUUAAGGGAUUAUUUACCGCAAUGAGCAAUUAUAUAGAAAACGAAAAAGGAUAUGUGAUCCAAUCAGUUAAUUUUGCGGUAAGAAAAGUUUUGUAAUCAUAAAAACAAAUGAAUUGUAGUCAGUUUACGAGAUACUGUACUACAUUUACACCGGUGAACUUAGCGAUUCUGUUGAUGAUGCAAUCAGCGAGACUAUGGCUGCGGCUGAUUACUUCCUAAUGGACGAGCUGAAGAACGUGUUAUUGGAGAGAUGCAAACACUGCAUGAACGAGGGAAAUGUUCAGAACAUUCUGGAGACGGCCUUGAUGAAUAAGGUCGAGAUUUUGGCCAAAAACGCCUUUGGUUACAUAAAGAAAAUGCUGGAUAAAGAAAAACAGGUAACAGCAAGGCUCAAGUCUUCGUAUUUUACUCUCUAAAUUCUGGGUUUCCAUAAAAAGUAUAUACAUUUUUCAGGAAUUAAUUUUCGGCGAGAUCUGUGACAAACUUCCUUGCCAGUUCGCCAAACUAAUGGCUAGUAUGGAUUGA